AGUGGGAGCUGGAGGAAGAGGUUACGUGCGUAGAAGAGAUAAAGCUCCUACUUUUCCUCUUUCUUGGUGGUACCAGGCUUGACAUCACCGAGAAGAGAGAAGGACAGAGACGGGCCCCUAGAAGCCUGUUUCUUGGCGCAGUCCAGGAUCUCCAGCCCCAUGGAGCCCCCGAUCCCACAGAGCGUCCCCUUGACUCCCAGCUCAGUCAUGGUCCAGCCCCUUCUUGACAGCCGGAUGCCCCACAGCCGGCUCCAACACCCACUCACCAUCCUACCUAUUGACCAGAUGAAGACCAGCCACGUGGAGAACGACUACAUAGACAACCCUGGCCUGGCCCCUCCCAGCGGCCCUAAGCGGACCCGGGGUGGGGCUCCAGAGUUGGCACCAACACCUGCCCGCUGUGAACAGGAUGUCACCCACCAUUGGAUCUCCUUCAGCGGGCGCCCCAGCUCUGUGAGCAGCAGCAGCAGCACAUCCUCCGAUCAGAGGCUCUUAGACCACAUGGCACCACCACCCGUGGCUGAGCAGGCCUCACCGAGGGCUGUGCGCAUCCAGCCCAAGGUGGUCCACUGCAAGCCGCUGGACCUCAAGGGCCCUGCAGCCCCACCAGAACUGGACAAGCACUUCUUGCUGUGUGAGGCUUGUGGGAAGUGUAAAUGCAAAGAGUGUGCGUCCCCCCGGACGUUGCCCUCCUGCUGGGUCUGCAACCAGGAGUGCCUGUGCUCAGCCCAGACCCUGGUCAACUAUGGCACAUGCAUGUGCCUGGUGCAGGGCAUCUUCUACCACUGCACCAAUGAGGACGAUGAGGGCUCCUGCGCAGACCACCCCUGCUCCUGCUCCCGCUCAAACUGCUGCGCCCGCUGGUCAUUCAUGGGCGCCCUCUCCCUGGUGCUGCCCUGCCUCCUCUGCUACCUACCUGCCACCGGCUGUGUGAAGCUGGCCCAGCGUGGCUACGACCGCCUGCGCCGCCCUGGUUGCCGCUGCAAGCACACGAACAGCGUCAUCUGCAAGGCAGCCAGCGGGGACGCCAAAGCCAGCAGACCUGACAAGCCUUUCUGACGUUUUGGGUCGAAGCCCCAGCACUACCCCCGGAAACUUGGUUCCCUUUAACAUCUGAGAAGACUGCAGCAAGGCCAGAGGUUUGAGCCUCAUGAGGCUUCCCUUGCUAAUCUGUCCGCUCCCCAGCAGAGAUCCCCACCACCUACAUUUUAUUCCCCAAAAAGAAUGAAGAAGUACUUUGGGGUUUUUUUAGGGUCCUGCAACUUUGUGUCAAACAGACAGUGGUGGGGCAG